UGUUAAUACUAUGCAGUACCUACUGGUAUUAACGGCAGUAUUCUCGGUGGCGCUGUCCCUCCCCUCCCUAACCUAUGACCCGGAGUACGACAACUUCAACGCCGAAGAACUGGUGGAGAAUGUACGUCUACUCAGAAGCUACGGCAAAUGCUUCCUCGGCGAGGGACCUUGCACCGCUGAGGGGGCUGAUAUUAAAAAUAUCAUUCCGGAAGCAGUGAAGACCAGCUGCUCGAAAUGCACGCCAAGACAACAGCACCUAGUCCGCACAGUGGCGCGUGCAUUCCAGACCAAGCUCCCUGAACUGUGGCAACAACUCGUCGACAAACAGGAUCCUAAAGGAGAGCUUAGAGAUGCCUUCAAACAGUUUUUAGACUCCGAUAAUUAGGAGAGU